UUGCUUUUCAAUGACUAUUAGAUUAGCAGGUAAUUGGCAGCAUGCAUGAAAUUGUCACUCUCCAGCUUGGACAACGAGCAAACUAUCUAGCCACGCAUUUCUGGAAUAUCCAGGAGUCUUAUUUUACAUAUAAUGACGGAGAAGGAUCACCUAUUAAUCAUGACGUCCAUUUCCGCCCAGGUAUUGGCGCUGACGGGACGGAAACCUUUCUCCCUAGGACGCUGGUAUACGACUUAAAGGGUGCUUUUGGUACUCUACGAAAAUAUAACGCACUUUAUGAAUUGAGCGAAGAUUUAGAUCCCGGACAAGGUUUAUGGGAUGGGAGAGAGAUUUUGCAGCAGCAAGAUCGAAUUCCUCAAAGCGACUACCAUAAGAGCUUAGAUCAAGGUCUUCCAGCCCCCCAACUUACUUCUGAGACUGUCCGUUAUUGGUCUGAUUUUAGUCGGGUCUUCUAUCAUCCUCGGUCAAUCAUACAGUUAAACGAUUAUGAGCUAAAUUCGAGGACUAUGCCUUUUGAAGACUGGACUGUCGGCGAAGAGCUUUUUACAGAUCUUGACAAAGAGCAUGAUCUAUUGGACCGGGAUCUGAGACCGUUUGCAGAAGAGUGCGAUCAAAUCCGUGCUCUUCAGCUCUUCACGGGUUCUGAUGAUGCUUGGGGCGGCUUCGCUUCAAGAUAUGUUGACAGAUUGAGCGACGAAUUCGGCAAGAAAAGCAUCUGGGUAUGGGCAAUUGAAGACGGUACGAAGGCACAGAGGAAAGUCGAAGUUAAACGAGACAUGAACAAGGCUAGAUCUGUGUGUACGAUUUCACCACAGUCAUCUCUCUAUACGCCUAUUGUAGAUCCUCCGCGCCGACUUCCAAGCCUUUUGCACGUCGAUCCUCAAUCAGAAUUUUAUACGUCAGCGCUUAUUUGCUCUGCUGUGGAAACUGUGACCCUUCCGUCUCGUCUUCGUCGGUACCAUGAUUUUGAAGCUUCUCUAGCUGGAAUUGAUGGUACCCAUAAGAUAUUCGAGCUGCAGUCCACUAUUGUUCCGGACGAAGAAAAGGAUGCAGCAAAGUCCUUUGUCAGAAAGCUUCACGAUAAUGCGCAAUCACUGGAACGUGAAUUUUCCGAGGAACUCGAGACUAAAUUCGAUUUGGAUUUUACAUAUGAUGACCCCAGCGGCAAAGCCAGACAUGUCUUCAAUCAGAUCCAGGUCAUACGCGGGUUUGAUCCAGCAUCUGAAGGCCUUGAAUAUUUCAGUAGCCAGCAGCAGUUCCGCGAUGCGGAACAAACACUCGAAAGGUUUUACACGCCGCUACGAUUCCCAAAUCUGGAUAGUUUCCCUCGGGAUUUGUUCCCUGUUUCGAAGUCAGGUCUUGGAAACCAGAUUUCCACGGCUCUCACAACAUCGUCGCGAACUGGAGAUAAAAUCAAGGCGCUUCAAAUGGUUGCAAGCCGGGCUAUCUCAGUUGAUGAGAGAGAAGCCUUGACCAACGGCCUGGGGGAAAUCAGGGAAUCAUACGAAACGGGAUGGAUGAGUGAUUCGGAUUUUGAUGACGAUUGAUUUGGCAUGAAUGAUAACAGCGAGAGGAGCAAAUGAAGGAUACUGUUACUGAACAGUACGCAAUAAAGAAAAGAGUCUCGAGAAUUAACACCAUUAGCACUUGAGAUUACUUGGGAGAAUUUCUGGGCAGAACGAUGGACUACUACGGCUCUGAAUUGCCCACGCUGACACGAUUGAAGCGUCAUUAUGACUUACCAAUGCAUAGGUGGUGCUACGAAGCAGGAGUUAUUCGGGUUACCAACACCAGAGUAUCAUACGGCCAUUGAAAUAGCUGGUCUAGUGGAGCUUUCAUGUAGGCUGCAUGCCACAAUCAGAACCCGACUGCAAAUAUUACUCACGGACAAAACGUUUGAACAAAGGCAUAAAAUUCACUCGCGGGAAUAUAUCCAUUUAUCCAAAGCCUGUACUAUGAUAUCUGAUAUAUUUGGUAAUUAAACAAUGGAAAUCUUCUCUGUGUGCUCGGAUUUUCCCGCAACCUCCUGCUUCUCAGAAUCCAAUUGUAUAUGAUUGUGAAAUAUUGGCAAUGGGAUCAUCACCACCAAAAAGAGCUGCAACUUCCUUAAGUGGCUUGUGUAACGCAUUGGGGAAUGUGAAGUAAACAACAACAGCCGCAGGCAAGACAGGCACAUGAAGAUCAAGUGUGUCUAACAGCAGUUGGCUGCAUUUCAAGCCAGAGGAUGUUGAUGAUGCAGAAGCCAGCCACUGCCAGAGCCAUUCCCUUAGAAGAUGCGUUUAGAAUAUCUCAUCAGCACGGCAUUAGCUGAUCUCUUCAAGAAACAGGUUGAAGACGAAAAGGAACAGGAAGAUGAAAGCCGCAGCAGCACCGAGGCUGUGGUGUUAUUUGUGCCAACAUAUUCAGCAAUGAGAGCAGUCUCAAUGAUAUGAUAGCAGCGCAGGCUACAAUAAUGCUGACUGAGAUCAAUAUAUGACGAGGAAUUCGGUCCACGUAAGUCAAGGAAAUCAGGUUACCGGCACAGGCAACGCAGUAUAUCCCAGCUAGGAUUCAGAGACUAAGAAGCAGCAAGCACUCUGCGAGGUCUGUUUGAUGCAAGGAAACUUACUUGUAAUGACUAGAUUCCCAAUUGUAUAUGGAAUAAC